AUGGAUCAAUAUGACAUGAUUAAAGCCAUUGGGGAAGGUGCCUUUGGGAAAGCGUACUUGGCCAAAAGGAAAUCGGAUAGCGAGCCCUGUGUUAUAAAAGAGAUCAAUUUUGAAAAGAUGCCCAUCCAAGAUAAAGAAGCUUCCAAGAAAGAAGUCAUUCUUCUGGCAAAGAUGAAACAUCCCAACAUUGUAACCUUCUUCAAUUCAUUUCAAGAGAACAACAGACUGUUUAUUGUGAUGGAGUAUUGUGAUGGCGGGGAUCUCAUGAAAAGGAUCAGAAGACAACGGGGAGUGUUAUUUAGUGAAGAUCAGAUUCUGAGUUGGUUUGUACAGAUUUCUCUAGGACUGAAACAUAUUCACGACAGGAAGGUUUUACACAGGGACAUAAAAACACAGAACAUUUUUCUUAGCAAGAACGGAAUGGUUGCAAAGCUUGGGGACUUUGGUAUUGCAAGGGUCUUGAACAAUACCAUGGAACUUGCUAGAACUUGCAUUGGAACACCAUACUACCUGUCCCCAGAGAUCUGUCAGAAUAAACCCUACAACAAUAAAACGGAUAUUUGGUCUCUUGGCUGUGUCUUAUAUGAGCUCUGCACACUCAGACAUCCUUUUGAGGGUAACAACUUACAGCAGCUGGUUCUGAAGAUUUGUCAAGCUCGUGUUCCUCCGAUAUCGCCAAGGUUUUCCCGUGACCUACAGUUCUUAAUAUCCCAGCUCUUUGAAGUAUCUCCCCGAGAUCGGCCAUCCAUCAAUUCCAUUUUGAAAAGGCCCUUUUUAGAGAAUCUUAUUGCCAAAUACUUGACACCCGAGGUCAUUCACGAAGAAUUCAGUCACCCACUCUUAUAUAAAGCAAGACCAUCUGCUUCUCGACCUGCUGGGAAGGUGGCCCCUGAUUCUAAAAUACAGAAAGUGAGAUUCCAGGGAAAGUGCCUACCAAGAUCAAGGAUAACAGUGCCAAAUAAGAGGAAGGACAUAUUAUAUAGAAAUGAAUGGAGACCACCAGCUGGAGCCCAGACGCCCGUAUCUGUGAAAAUGGUAGAAAGGCCCAAACUUGCUGCAGUGUGUGGACAUUAUAAUCAUUUUUAUGCUCAACUUGACUUGUUAAGGGAGAGAGCGCACGGACCAAAUUACCACCAUGUUCCUCAAAGAGAUAGCAGAGAUGAGGAGAAUUAUGAUCAGAAAGAAAGUCACAGUCCACCUCCAAGUCAAUGGCUUGCUGAAUACCUUCAGAGGAAAUGUGAAGCUCAACAAUAUAAGUUGAAAGUGGAAAAGCAGUUGGGCCUUCGUCCAUCUUCUGCUGAGCCAAACGACAACCAGAGACAAAAGCUAAGAAGCGAUGGGGAAGGACCUAGAUUCUGGGGGCUGCAGUUCAGGAGAAAUGAAAUGAAGGAGCAGGAAUAUUGGAAGCAGUUAGAGGAAAUACGCCAACAGUAUCACCAUGACAUGAAGGAAAUUAGAAAGAAGAUGGGGUGUGAAGUGGAGGAGGACUCAAAAAUGAGCUGGAAAACCUACUUGGUGAAGAAGAGUGACCUGCCCAUCCCCCAUGAAGCAUCUGAGGAAGAAGCCCCUGUACAGGAUAUCGAAAGAGACUUAAAACAAAUUAAACCUCAGAACAUAAAGGAAAGUAAAAGUUUGGAACAAAAACAUAAAGCUCAGAGAGGGGUAAAAUUUGAAAUUAAUUUAGAUGAAUGUAUUUCUGAUGAAAACACCCUCCAAGAGGAAGAGGCAGUGGAUAUACUGAAUGAAACUUUGACCUCUGAGGAUGGCAUGAAGUUCAUGGAAUAUAAAUGUAUGAAGGAUGGCAUGAAGUUCAUGGAAUAUAAAUGUAUGAAGGGGCAGGAAGAUUAUACAGACAAAGCAUUUGAAGAACUCUGUUGCCCCGAAGCAGGAGAUGAACGAGUUAUCUCCUUAUACCCAGAGUUGUGCGUUCCGGAUGCCACUGCUGCAGGGCACAGAAGACAGUGGGCCCCAGGAGCUCCUCAGACUCUGCUGCAAAUGAUGGCCUCUGCCAGUGUCACCUCCACCUGCUCCACCUGCUCCACCAUGCCUGAGGGUGAGGCUGACAUCAUAUAG